CGCAUAUUAAAGGCUGAUUUUCUAGAAUUUAUUUAAAUAAUAAACUAUGUCGCUACCAAGAAUAACAAACGUUAUAAGAUUGGCACCACGUCUAGUUGCCAUGCAACCGCACCGGAAUAACAGCAGCGCUCAGGCUGCCACCGAGGUGGCCGCACAGUUCAAAACAUUGGCCAUCAGCUCGCCGAAACCUUUUGUCUUUCAUGUGGAGCUGAAUCGACCCAAAAAGCUGAAUGCCAUCAACAGGGAUAUGUGGCUCGAGAUCAGAGCCUGCUUUGAAACGCUGGCCGUCAAUCCGGAUUGUCGUGCCAUUGUACUCUCUGCUGCCGGCAAACAUUUCUGUGCCGGCAUUGAUCUGUCUUCCAUGAUGGCCUUGGGUCAGCAGCUGGCUGACUACGAUGAUGUGGCUCGCAAGGGCGUUGUUUUAGAGCGCACCAUAAAGAUAUAUCAGGACUCGAUUACCGCCGUGGAGCUGUGCCCCAAGCCAGUUAUUAUGGCCGUGCAUCAGGCAUGCAUCGGUGCUGGCGUCGAUUUGAUUACCGCCGCGGACAUACGUUACAGCACACAGGAUGCAUUUUUCCAGGUGAAAGAGGUGGACAUUGGCAUGGCCGCCGAUGUUGGUUCACUGCAACGGCUGCCCAAGGCAAUUGGCAGCCAAUCAUUGGCACGCGAGCUCUGCUUCACGGGUCGCCGAUUCGAGUCCGCCGAGGCGGAGCGUUGCGGCUUGGUCAGUCGUGUGUAUCCGGACAAGGAGUCGCUGCUGGCGGGCGCCAUAGCGCUGGCCGAGGAGAUUGCCAGCAAGAGUCCCAUAGCCGUGCAGACGACCAAGGAAAGCAUGGUUUAUUCCCUGGAGCAUACCAAUCAAGAGGGACUCGAUCACAUUCGCAUUAUCAACAAACUGAAUCUUCAGUCAGAGGACUUUGCCCAGUCGGUGGCCGCCCAGCUGACCAAGGAUGAGAAACCCGUGUUUGCCAAGCUCUAAGGAUCGAAUAGUUAAUACU